GAUGAUGCUUGCAUUGCUUGCUGUGUUUGUUGUGUUGAGUGGUGAAGUGAUAAUUUUGUAGUUAGUUUCUCGUGUUAAUAUUGAGUUAAACAAACAUUUUUACGCAGAUAUUUAUUCAAGGAUUUAGCUAAGAGUUGCAAACACAUUUAUAAUGGUUGAUGUAAGGUUAUCGAUGAUAGAAAACUCACUAAAAGAAGACACUGAGAGUUCUGAAAUUACAUUCAUAGAACAGUAUGUCCAAGAUGUACUCGAUUUUAGUUCGCAAUAUGGGAGUGACAUAAGUAUUUCAUACACUGCGUAUAAUAUCACGGGAAAGCCAAGUAAAUUUCCAGACUAUGGUGAUUUUCCACAGGCAUUUGUCAUGCGUACAUAUGGAAACUGGUGGAAUGAAGCUCCGUCAAAAAGAAAGGAAUUCAUGGUUCAAAACUAUGGAAAAAUUAUAAGUCAUGAUUUUAUCGAUGUGACGUUUGACGAGCCUGUGUUUCCAUCCAGAGUGAGUGUGUAUGAGACAUACAACCCUGGCUCUGUGGUACGUAUCUGGGCAGCUGGUGGAGGGGAGGGAAGAGGUCGGAUACACUGGGUGCUACUGUGGGAGGGGGAGGCGAGAGUCGUCGGACACAAACCUCAUAUCUUCUCUCCACCAAUCACCACCAUCGACUUUCCCACCAGGAUGCUGAGAUUGGAGUUUGACCAUUCCAAGUUGGACUAUUACACAGAGAUUGACGCUCUGCUAUUGGUUGGCACCAAGAAACCGAUCCCCCCCACCUCCGACACAGAAGAGAAAGUCGACAAGGAGACAGGAGACAUAACAAAGAAAAUUAUGGAUCUCAAUAUACAUUCCAUUCCGCCUCAGGUGGAUUUAGGGAACACUCUGAACCAGUUCCUGGCCGAGGACUACAGACAACUACUGCGUGAGUUGGAAGACACUGCGGCUGUACUCACGGGAGCUGUGGAGGCCAUCAACAAGGCCAACAGUGGACCUUUUGGCUGUCUACCGGAUGAAACCACCCUGCAUGUGUUUGGCUACCUAGACUUGCCUUCACUCUGUCAAUGUGCCAAAGUUAAUCGUCACUUUCACUCAUUAGCAACUGAUUCACUGCUUUACACUCAAGUCAAUCUCAGGCCAUAUUGGCACUGCGUCACGGACGACACGCUGGAAGUUCUGUCUCUCAGAUGUCAACAUUUGACUAAACUCGACCUAUCAUGGUGCGGCAGCUACGAUCUCAUAACCUCAUCUAAUGUUGUACAAUUCAUCAAGACGAGCGGAAAGCAGUUAACUCACCUCAGGUUGGACUGCUGUAGGUUUGUGGAUGAUUCCAUCAUAAAAACAAUCGCCUCCACCUGCAGGAAAAUCAAAGAACUGACCCUUCGCAAUUGUUCACACAUAACUGGUGACGGUUUCAACAGUCUUGCUUCAACAUCAACAUUGGAAAGGUUGGACUUGUACAGGACAAGUAUAGAAAUGCAGCCGCUCAUCAGUAUACUCAAGGCAUCACCUAUGCUCAAACACAUCAAUCUAGGUUCGUGUGUCAGAGUGUCCAGUAUGGAUGAGGUCGCCCAGGCUCUAGGUACGUACAACCUGCAGCUAGUCACUGUAGACUUCUGGAAGACCUACAGUCUGACUCCAGUGGGUGUCAGAGCUAUCAGUCGCUGCAGCAUGCUGGAGGAAGUGGACUUUGGAUGGUGUCUGGGAGUGAGUGUACCGGGUGACUGUCUAACGGCACUAGCUGUUGGAUGUCCUCGACUACAAAAGCUGUUCAUGGCGGCUCUACGAGGCAUCAUGGACCGAGACUUGGAGCCAUUCCUCACUCAUUGUAGACAGCUGAGGCAAGUAGAUCUGUUGGGAGUCAGAAGCAUCACUGCGGAUAUCUGUCUCAGGUUCCUAUGUAUGUUUCCACAACUACAACUGUUAGACCUGAGUUUCUGUGACCAAAUUCAAGAGUCGGUGAUUGUUCAGUGGCGACAACAGUUUCCCCAUGUCAGCAUCAAACGCAGUUUCCAGUCCGAGGGAGCUGCUGGUUGUUAUCUCCCAAAUCACUACUGACACAGGCCAAACCUUCCCGAGCUGGGAACAAUGAAACAUUUCUUUUACACUGUUUGGAACGUGGAGAACCGAAUAUGAAGACUGCUCAUGAACAUACUCUCAAAUCCAGAGGGUUCACUACGUUUCCAAUGAUAUUUCAGUGAUCAACUUUACGACUGUAUUCUGUUAUAUAUUUUUCUAAUAUGGUUGAUUUUAGUAGAUAAUAGCCUAUGAAAGUGUUUUUCAAUGAUAUGUGAAUAUUCUAGACUGUUAUACCGGUGUGGUCUCAUUAAGAUAUUUCUAUUUUAUUUUAAGUAUUUCUAAUCGAAGAUAUUGUUCCUAUCCUAAUUUUUGUAUAUAGAUAAAGUUUCCUAUUUAUUUUAGAAUAUAUACAUUCCAUUUUGUCAAAACAAUUUAUUAGUUGCCUAGUGUUAUUGUAAUUGAUUUUGUUUCAAAUUUUACUCUUAAGGUUGAAUAAUACAAUAUUUAUGCUUGUUA